AUGGCCUCUAUGAGGCCCGUCGGCACACGAUCCUCUCUCUUUUCUCACUCGACACCUCUUUUCUAUGCCUGUUAUCUUCUUAAAUCAGUCCAGACCCCUCAAUCAACAGCAACCUACAUAGGGAGUACACCCUCUCCUCCCCGAAGAAUCAGGCAACAUAACGGAGAACUUACCCAAGGUGCCAAAAAGACGAGAUCUAAAAGACCAUGGGUCAUGCAAAUGAUAGUGUAUGGAUUUCCUUCAAGACUAGCAGCCCUGCAAUUCGAAUGGGCAUGGCAACACCCGCACAUAUCUCGCCACCUUUGCGAUGCGAACGGACGUAUGUUUGGGAUGCGAGCCGCAAAAUUGCUCAAAAAGAACGUUACAAUUGUCCGCACCAUGAUUUCGUUGCAUCCUUUUAAUACAUGGCCACUUCAUGUCAAGAUAUUUACGAAAGAAGUCGCUGACCAAUGGGCAGCAGCUGAUGCAAGUGGAAUUUUACCAUUGCCACCAGGGUUUACUUGUUCAGUGGAGCUCGAAGGCGUCGACGGGAGAUCUGGUCUACGAGGUUCUGGGCGCAAGGGUCCUAUUAGCGUAGAUGACGCCGAAUUCACAUCUGAAAUAUUGUCCAAAAGCAGAAAAAUCAUAGACUCGGGCCGCCCAUUAACUUGUUCCAUAUGUCAUGAACCUAUCGAUGAUUUCGCAACGGAACCUACCAAGUCGGGCCUUUGUCCUUCUUCCAAUUGUGAAGCUGUCAGCCAUCUGGAAUGUCUAUCAGGCCACUUUAAAAAGGAACAGCCAGAAAUUACAACCAUGAUUCCUAGAGGUGGUCAUUGCAUAUCAUGUGCUGAAUAUACUUUGUGGGGUGAUGUCAUUCGUGGAUGCUACCGUCGGCUACCUCCCACAGAUCCAAGUGGAGAUCAUCCAGAUGUGGCCACCGACGAUAUGUUUGUUUCGGAUGACGACGAAGAGCUUGCAAAAACUCCAAACGUGAAAAAGAAAGCACAGCGUUCUUCCCGGGGAAAAGGAAGGAAAUUGUCAAAGGCAGCCAACAAGACCUCGAAUGAUUCAACAAAUGGCUCAACCAGCAGCGAAGGAGAGUCUUUUGAUUUUAAUGAUAUCUCCUCUAGCACCCAAGGUGGUAUGUCAACGCCACUGAAAAGAGGCGUUGGACGACCACGGAAAGUCGUGCACGUUUAUUCUCCACCAGUGAGGCUGAUGUCGCCUUUGACGGAAAAUAAUGCAACUCCUAUGCCAAACAACAGAAAAAAACGGAAAGGGAAAGAAAGAGCUGUAGAACCAACGUCAUCAGACAUGGAAAAUGUCUUCGGUAAUACUGCUUCAAAACCGGAUGGUUUGUCUCUGUCGCCCACGAAAAGAAGACGUGGUAGACCUCAAAUUAGCUCUCCUUCGCCAUCUUCUGUCAAUGUGUCAGAAAUAGCGUCACCCGGAACUAAAGGCAAGGCAGUGGCCUCCCCGAAAUCAAAACCUCGCGAGUUAACGGAAAAGAAAAGCAACCGAGCAUUGUCUUCUCGGAGGUCGACGUCCAGUAGCGAAGGAGAAUUUUUCGACUUUGAUAAUAUCGCUUCAAGUUCGGAAAGCGAGCCUUUGCCGGUGAAAAGAAAAGUUGGGAGGCCACCCAAGGAUCGUGAAUCUCCAAUUCAUAGGAUUCCGCCGGUAGUUUCGCCCUCUCCGAAAAUCAGGUUGCGGACUCCUAGUCCACGGAUAGGCGCCCGAGUUGAUAGCAAAGAUCGAAUCACAGGGACUUCGACCACACAUCAUAUUCCGGAAGUUAUCGACCUCACAAUACUUAGCUCGAGCGACAGUUCUUCCACCGGUAAACGGGGUCGAGGUCGACCUCCAAGAAAUCAUGAGGUUAUCAGUAUUGGUGAUACCAGUACAGAGGCUGGUUUAUCUGCAGGAAAAAAACCGGCAGGUCGAUCAGGAAAGGAGAAAGCCAGCCGUGUGAGUGGGUCGUUGGGGCCCAGCAUAAGCUCUUCCCCAGCUGCAAAGAGGGGUCCAGGUCGACCUCGAAAAAGCUCCAGCGAUUCUUCCAGCUUAGAUAGUUAUUCUUCAAUCUCCAAGGGCGCUCGCACACGACCACCUAAAAGCGCACCUCCGUCGUCAUCUAAGGCUUCGAGUUCAAAAGAUACAUUACCCUCGCCAAAAAGAUCUCGAGGCCGGCCUCGAAAACCUUCUGAUUCUGCAGCACUGCUCUCUUCGACAUCGCCUAGUUUAUCUUCAUCUUUGCAAAAAGGUGCCUUACCUCAAUCUACAUCUAAUUCCACGGAUAAGACUAAGAUGUUGCCUGUGACAGCCACAAGACCUCGAGGUCGUCCUCGACGAUCAUCUGGUUCCCCCACAGCAUCAUCAAUACUGUCGGCCGAUCCCCCUACACCCUUGACACAGGAGCAUCUAUCUAACUCAUCUGCUACUUCAGACACUGGAAACGUAUUGCCGCCUGUAAAAAGAACCCCCGGCCGACCUCGAAAAUCGUCUUCAGCGUCAUCACCUCUGGAAUCUAGUAUACCCUCUCAGCAAGAUGUCAAGCUUCGAUCUCCGUCGGUCGUCUCGGGCAGAGAUGGCGAGCCAUCUGUUGAAGGCAAAAGAACUCGUGGUCGUCCUCGAAAGUCUUCUGGAUCUUCCGCAACACCGUUAUCACUAUCUUCCAGUCCAUCUGUUUUAGCCUUCCCUAAUUCCACUAGGAAGUACCACCAAUCCUGCUUGAUCUCACCUUCACCUGCCGACAAUCCUCCCUCAUCUCGAUUGUCCCUGGCUGAUCAGGAGCUCGACCAUGAUCUUCAAAAAGCCAUAUCUCACCUUCAAAUAUCUAAGCCAUCUGAAACUUUUAAGCAUAGGAUCAUCCAGAGAGGGAGCUUAGAAAUAAUAGAACUGUCGGAUUGA